CACCCUGCAGCCGCUGGGGCCGGAGGGCGCAGCUCGGCGGAGGCCUGGCCAGGCCGGGCCGAGCGCAGCAGGCCGGAGCGCGCCGCGCGCCUGGGAGGGUCUGGGCGCCGCGCCUCCCGCCUCACCCGCCCGCGUGCUCGCAAGCCCUUCCUCGGCGCUGGGACCCCUGGCGGGCGGCCGGAGGACAUGGCCGGCGACGCCGUGCAGAGUGAGCCUCGAAGCUGGUCGCUGCUGGAGCAGCUGGGGCUGGCUGGGGCUGACCUGGCAGCCCCCGGGGUGCAGCAACAGCUGGAGUUAGAGCGAGAGCGACUGAAGCGGGAGAUCCGAAAGGAGCUGAAGCUGAAGGAGGGUGCUGAGAACCUGAGGCGAGCCACCACUGACCUGGGCCGCAGCCUGGCCCCUGUGGAGCUGCUGCUGAGGGGCUCCGCUCGACGCCUAGACUUGCUGCACCAGCAGCUGCAGGAGCUGCAUGCACAUGUGGUACUGCCUGACCCUGCAGCAGGAAGCGAUGCUACCCAAUCCCUUGCAGAGGGCAGCCCUAUCUGCUCAUCCACCAACCUGAGCCGAGUGGCUGGGCUGGAGAAGCAGCUGGCCAUUGAGCUCAAGGUCAAACAGGGGGCAGAGAACAUGAUCCAGACCUAUAGCAAUGGCAGCAGCAAGGACCGGAAGCUGUUGUUGACAGCCCAGCAGAUGCUGCAGGACAGUAAGACCAAGAUUGACAUCAUCCGCAUGCAACUUCGCAGAGCGCUCCAGGCACUACAGGCUGGCGAGCUGGAGAGUCAGGCAGCUCCUGAUGAAGCCCAAGGAGAUCCAGAACUGGGAGCCGUAGAGCUACGCAUUGAGGAGCUACGACACCAUUUUAGAGUGGAGCAUGCAGUGGCAGAAGGUGCCAAGAAUGUCCUGCGCCUGCUCAGUGGGGCAAAGGCCCCAGACCGCAAGGCAGUCAGCGAGGCUCAGGAGAAAUUGACUGAGUCCAACCAGAAGCUGGGCUUGCUGCGGGAGUCACUGGAGAGGCGCCUCGGGGAGUUGCCUGCCGAUCACCCCAAGGGGCGGCUGCUUCGGGAGGAGCUCACUGCAGCCUCGUCCUCAGCCUUCAGCGCCAUACUGCCUGGGCCCUUCCCUGCCACUCACUACAGCACCUUGAGCAAGCCUGCACCGCUCACAGGGACCCUGGAAGUACGAGUGGUGGGCUGCAAAAACCUUCCCGAGACCAUCCCCUGGAACCCUCCCCCCUCAGUGGGGGCAUCUGGGACCCCCGAAAGCCGCACUCCAUUCCUGAGUCGUCCCGCUCGGGGCCUUUACAGCCGAAGUGGAAGCCUUAGUGGACGGAGCAGCCUCAGAGGGGAGGCAGAGAAUGCCACUGAGGUCAGCACCGUGCUCAAGCUGGACAACACAGUGGUGGGGCAAACAGCCUGGAAGCCAUGCGGCCCCAAUGCCUGGGACCAGAGCUUUACCCUGGAGCUGGAGAGGGCUCGGGAGCUGGAGCUGGCUGUGUUCUGGCGAGACCAGAGGGGUCUGUGUGCUCUCAAAUUUCUGAAGUUGGAGGACUUCUUGGACAACGAGAGGCAUGAGGUGCAGCUGGACAUGGAACCCCAGGGCUGCCUGGUGGCUGAGGUCACUUUCCGUAACCCCAUCAUCGAGCGGAUCCCUAGGCUCCAAAGGCAGAAAAAAAUCUUCUCCAAGCAGCAAGGGAAGGCAUUUCAGCGAGCCAGACAGAUGAACAUUGAUGUGGCGACUUGGGUGCGGCUGCUCCGUAGACUCAUCCCUAGUGCUGUGGCGACUGGCACCUUCAGUCCCAAUGCAUCUCCAGGUGCUGAGAUCCGGCACACUGGAGACAUAUCCAUGGAGAAACUGAAUCUCGGUGCUGACUCAGACAGCUCGUCCCAGAAGAGCCCACCAGGGCUGCCCUCCACCUCAUGCAGCCUGAGUUCUCCAACCCAUGAGUCCACCACAUCUCCAGAGCUGCCUUCAGAGACCCAGGAGACUCCAGGCCCUGGCCUGUGCAGCCCCCUGAGAAAGUCGCCCCUGACACUUGAGGACUUCAAGUUCCUGGCAGUGCUUGGCCGGGGUCACUUUGGAAAGGUGCUGCUGUCUGAAUUCCGCUCCAGUGGGGAGCUCUUUGCCAUCAAAGCCUUGAAGAAAGGUGACAUUGUAGCCCGAGAUGAGGUUGAGAGCCUGAUGUGUGAGAAGCGGAUUUUGGCGGCCGUGACCAGGGCAGGACAUCCCUUCCUGGUGAACCUUUUCGGCUGUUUCCAGACCCCAGAGCACGUGUGCUUUGUGAUGGAGUACUCGGCGGGUGGAGACCUGAUGCUGCACAUUCAUAGCGACGUGUUCUCAGAGCCUCGGGCUGUCUUCUAUUCCGCCUGUGUGGUGCUGGGACUGCAGUUCCUCCAUGAACACAAGAUUGUCUACAGGGACCUGAAGUUGGACAAUUUGCUCCUGGAUACUGAGGGCUACGUCAAGAUCGCAGACUUUGGCCUCUGCAAGGAGGGGAUGGGCUAUGGGGACCGGACCAGCACGUUCUGCGGAACUCCGGAGUUCCUGGCGCCGGAAGUGCUCACAGACACAUCCUACACGCGAGCAGUGGACUGGUGGGGACUGGGCGUGCUGCUCUAUGAGAUGUUGGUUGGAGAGUCUCCGUUCCCUGGGGAUGAUGAGGAGGAGGUAUUUGACAGCAUUGUCAACGACGAGGUUCGCUAUCCCCGCUUCCUGUCUGCAGAGGCCAUCGGCAUCAUGAGAAGGCUACUGCGGAGGAACCCGGAGCGGAGGCUGGGAUCCACUGAGCGCGAUGCAGAAGAUGUGAAAAAACAGCCUUUCUUCCGGUCUCUGGGCUGGGAUGUCCUGCUGGCCCGUCGCCUGCCUCCACCCUUCGUGCCUACACUUUCAGGGCGCACAGAUGUCAGCAACUUUGAUGAGGAGUUCACUGGGGAGGCCCCCACACUGAGUCCUCCCCGGGAUGCACGGCCCCUUACAGCUGCGGAGCAGGCAGCCUUCCGGGAUUUCGACUUUGUGGCCGGAGGCAACUAGCCCCAAGCCCCUGCCUUACCCAAGAGUUCUUGAUUUUUUAAAAAACAAGCCUUUGGGAUUUACUCCAUACAUGCAUUUUCAGCCUCUGUGUGCAUCUGGACUGGUGUGCUUGGAGCAGGUGACAGAGGCAAGGCAGACUCUUGGGGGCAGGACUGAUGGGGCUCAUUUGAAAGGUCAAGAUGGGAACAUGCAGUAGUGGGCUUAGGGGUGUAUUGGGGAGCAUUGGGGUUUUAAGGCUGUGUGGGUAGAAGGUGUUGAGAUUCUUGGGAUAGUUUGGGAUAGAUGCUUGCAAGAGUCUAUUGGGGUGGUGACAGAGAUGGGAAGUGAAUCCAAAACUUUGCUCUAUUAUGGAGAGCCCAAAUCUUAGAACUAAGGUUGCGGCGCUGUGCGCAUGCUCUUCAAGCUGCUGGCCUGGGGAGUCCCACCUCUGGUGUUUCGAGCAUCCCAUGUAUCUGUGCCAUCUCGUGACCAACGUUAGAACUGUACUCGUCCCCAGUGGAGCCUCUUUCAUCCCUGUGCGGUGACAGUGUUGUGGACCCACAGGACGCAGUGCCCUAGGCACACUGAGUUUGAGACUCUAUGCCCUUGAGCCCAGCCCAGAAUGGUUUGGCUUAGCUUCUGGGCCCAUUCAGAGGUGACUGAAACCACUGUGCCGGGAACUACGCAGUGAACUGGCCUCCCAGGCACUCUUGGUUAGGCCCAGCUCCGUUGGACCACCCUUGGCACUGACCCUCAGUGGUAGGAGGCGAAGCAGUUGGCGCAGCAUGGCCUGGCGCAGCAGGAUGUACACCCAUGGGUCCAGGAUCUGGUUCCACGAUGCGAGGCGUACAGCCAGAAAGAGUGGCCGCUGCAGGGAGUUAGAGUUCCAGCCCCCGAUGGCCAACACCACCAACACCUGCGAGAGAAGCAGGUGUGAGCAGUGGAGCCCGCGGGAGAGAAGGGGUGGGGUGGAGGGUCAGGAUGCCAGGGCGAGCCAUGCAGGACAAAUAGGAUCUGUGCAGGAAGGAGAGUGACUAAGCAAAGGUCAUCAGAGAUUGCGGAGAAUCCGGCUAUAGAAGACCCAGUAUUACAACACACAUAGGACUCUAAGGUCAACAAGCUGGGAAGGAAGAAGGCUAUGAAUGGAUGGAGCGGAGGGACAUAGAAAGUAAAAGGCUUGAGUGAGUGAGACUAUUUACGGAGAUCCUAAAGAGAGUGAAGAAAAGGGUCCCGGAUAGCAGAGGGGCAGGCUUUGUCUGCAGGCAGGGUCUUCAGGGGGCAGAGCCCAGGAGGGGGCAGAAAAGAGUUUGGCUUGAGGAGCGACUGCGCCCCUCACCAGCAGGGGGCUCCAGCAGAUGCACGACACCACCAUGAUGCCCACGAGCUGGCCCACCAUUUCCACAUCGUGUGCGUGAACCCUGCGCGCGGAGCCGCCGCCCCGAGAGCUGCGGAGGGUGGCUGUGGCUGAAGUGAUGGAUGAGGCAGACGAGGCGGAGGCCAAGCGGGGUCCACGAGAUCCCCAGCGCCGGCGAUCAUCGGGACCUGCGGUCACUCGGAACCGUCGAGAGCGACGCCGUCUCCAGCGGGCACGGAGGAGCGCCAGGCCGCUGAGCGUAUUGCACACUAACGCCGCAAGGAGCGCGGCCAGGCCAAGGCCAGCGAAGAGGCCGGCAAGCAACGCCUGGCGCCAACCUCCACGAGGCCCAAGGCUAAUAAAACACCAGGUGCCAGGGUACUGUAGCUCGUAGCGACCCACGUGUACCAGUGGCAGCAGCGCCACCGCCAAAGCCAUGGCAGCCAGCACGGCUAGUGCCAGGCGUGCGCGGGCCACAGAUACGCGCGCCGCGUGGAUCAGUGGCUGCGUGACACCCACACAGCGCUCUACGGCCAUGCCACAGCCAAGCAAAAGUGGGCACAGGCCGAAGAAGACCAUGCAGCCACCCAGGAAAUGACACGCCCCGCCAGCAGGCGCACGUCCCGCAGUAUAUAGGCGAAGCACCAGGGCGCCCGGGAUCACAUGGCCUGCUAGGUCGAUGGCAAGCAGGCUGGCGACGAACAACAGGAAGGUGGCAGCCGAGCGGCGCCGCCGCAUUCGGCCUGCAACCUGGGCCAGCAGCGCCAGCGCCAGCACGUUGGACACAGCACCCAGAGUCAUGGAGAAGAUAGGCAGCGCUGGUGAUGUGCCAUUAUCGCCUGUUGGCAGCACCACAGAUGUAUUGGGGAGCCUGGGUGUUGUGCACGUUGCUGCCUCAUCCGCUAGGCUCAGGUUAAGCCCGCAGGGGCUCAUAUCAGUGGCCAAGAGGGCUGCGUAGAUAAGAAGAGGGCACAGUGAGGUAGGGUCCCAACCUUCUGUGCCCAGGGCACUGCCACAUGACCGUAGCUGCUCCAUUUCGGAUCCUACUUCACCUGUCUCUGCCCCCAUCUCUUGUGUCUGGCUUCAUUCUGCUCUCGUAUCUGCUGGGGGUCUUGACUGACCUGGCACGGGUCCCGGGUAUCUAGCCUCAUCUCCACCUCACUCCCACCUCCAGGUUUCCACCCCAUCAGUUUCCUAGUCCAUGACCCCAUGGGAUAGACCCUUGCCCACUUCUGAUCCCAAUUUCCACUUUCGUGUCUGCCUGCCCAUCUCUCCGUUUUCAGAAGUCUCCUUGGCUUGCCCUGGAACUGGCCAGGCUAACCUUAAAUUCAAAAGAUCCACCUGCUUAUGCCUCCUGUGUCUUCGGAUUAAAGGCUCACACCACAACUAGCUUUGGUCACCUUUUAACUCUGUCCUUGAUGUCCCCAUUCCAACACCGCCACCACUUAUAGUUCAUCUCUUCCAAUGGCCCUGUGCCUGUCUCCAGAGACUGACCCAAUCGGCAGUUAGAUCUCUUCCCCAAACAACCCAUCUCUACACCUAUAGACCAGUUCUUGUGCCCCAAGGCCUCUAUGCCACAUCUCUGGUCUCCGUGGUCCUCUCUGUCCCCACAGACCCCUGCUACCCCGAACCCAUCUCUGAUCUCUAUGGUGCUCUCAGAUCCCAUGGGCCCAGCUCUUUUCCAGAAUCCCAUCUCUGCUGCCCUCUCUUGUCUCCACGCAAUCUCUCACCAGUCUGGCAUUGCCUCAUUCAGAUGCCCAUCCCAUACCCCUAUUUGAACCGGCCCCUGGCUUGUCCAUUCUCUAGUUGAGAGGAGAUGGACAGCCUAGGGCUGAGAGCCAUUAAACAGCAAGAGAGCAGGAGGGCUAUAGCUAGCCUUCUUUGGCUUGCUAUCCUCAAUGUCCCAGCUUCUUACCCAGUGCUGCUCAGGAUGCAGGGUCCCCAUGGCCUGGAACUUGGCUCCUGCUGCCUGCUCCAGCUACUCCCUGGCUCCCGGCAGGCCGCUCCCUCUUCCUGGGGCGGCUCCUAGGCUUCGUGCCGCCUCCACCCGCACUCCACUGGCCUCCAGGGGCUGCUCCACCCCAUGCAUGCCUGCUCUCUGGGGCUGGGAGCCUUGAGUGGGCAAAACUGCUGGCAACAGUCAGGGCAACUGGGCCCAGCUCCUUCCCGCCAAAGACUGAGGUUCUCUGAAUUGGUUUGGUCUCUGUGACCCCCUCCUCUCAGCGGGGCAGGAGCAAACCCCCACACCCUCACCCGGGCCUCUUGCCCGCCUCAUUAAUAAAGCGGAUAAAAUCUAAA